AUGCACCCGCGCACCACCUACACCGCUCGGCUCCUCCUCGUCUUGCUCGCCGUCGCGCCACUGGCCACCGCCGGCGCCAAGGCAUGGCAGUUCUGCGGGAGCACCGGCGACUUCUCGCCCAACAGCACGUACCAGUCCAACCUCGCGCUCCUGUCCGAGGACCUCCCCAGGAACGCCUCCUCCUCCCCGGCCCUCUUCGCCGCCGGCAGGGUCGGCGCCCCGCCGGACAUGGUGUACGGCCUCGCGCUCUGCCGCGGCGACUCGAACUCCUCCGCCUGCGCCGCGUGCGUCGCCGUCGCGUUCCACGACGGGCGGCAGCUGUGCGCCUACGACAAGGAGGCGACCGUCUACUACGACCUCUGCUACAUCCGCUUCUCCAACCGGAACUUCCUCGCCACCGACGAGAACUUCUUGGCCUACUUCCGUAAGGAGCGGAACGUGAGCGCGCCGGCCGUGGUGUUCGACGCCGCCGUGGUCGCGCUCCUCAACGCCUCCGCUGACUACGCGGCGGCGGCGAACUCGCCCAGGAGGUUCGCCACGGGCGUCGAGGCGUUUGGUGGCGGCUGGGGCAUCCCCGCCAUCUACGCGCUGGUGCAGUGCACGCCGGACAUGUCGCCGGCCGGCUGCCGGAGCUGCCUAGCCGGCAUCAUUUCGUGGGUGAACGAUCCCGACUACUUCAGCGGGAGCCCCACCGGGAGGAUUCUCGGGGUGCGGUGCAACUACUGGUACGACAUGUAUCAGUUCUUCCCGGGAAACCCAUCAUUGCACCUUGACGCGCCGGCGUUCGACACAGCGCCGUCAGCGGACAUGACACCACCGGCGACGAGACGAGGAAGGAAGAGGACAGCCGUGAGAAUAUCAGCAUCUCUUGCGUGUUCCAUCGUCUUUAUGCUGAUUAUUUCAGGUUCUGUUUUCAUUUGCCUGAAGAGAAGGAAGUCUUCCAGAGAACAGAACACGCCGAUCAUCGGAGCACCAAACAGAAUUCAAAGAGGAAAAUGUGCGGUCUUUGAUUUGCCGACACUGAAGAAUGCAACAGAUAACUUCUCCAACAGUAAUAAGCUUGGGGAGGGCGGUUUUGGUACUGUGUACAAGGGAAAGCUUUCUGAUGGGCAAGAAAUAGCAGUGAAGAAGUUAUCACAAGCACAGUACACCAGAGAGGGACUGAGCCAGCUGCACAAUGAAGUGCAAUUGUUGGCUGAGCUCCAGCACAAGAAUUUUGUCAGAUUACUGGGAUUUUGCUCGCAUCAGGAUGAGAUUAUGCUUGUUUACGAGCACAUUAAGAGCGGGAGCCUUGACAAGUUUCUUUUUGAUACUAGUAGGGAGAAGACACUUAACUGGGAGCAACGGUACAACAUCAUUCUUGGAAUUGCCAAGGGAAUAUUGUAUCUUCAUGAAGAUUCGAGCAUAAGGAUCAUUCACCGGGAUCUGAAAGCAAACAAUAUCUUGCUGGAUGAAAAGAUGAACCCAAAAAUUGCAGACUUUGGAUUGGCAAGGUUACUAGGAGGAGGUCAUACUCAGACCAAGACGGCCAGGGUUGUCGGAACGUAUGGGUAUAUGGCACCGGAGUAUGCUUUAUCUGGGAAGGUGUCCCCCAAAAUCGAUAUUUUCAGCUUUGGUGUUCUGGUUCUUGAAAUUGUAACAGGGAGAAGGAAUAGCAGUUCCGACAACACAUACAGUGCGGUGAAUCUCCUAACCGAAGUAUGGAAUUGCUGGACAAAGGGGACAGCACUGCAGCUGGCUGAUCAAUCACUUGAUGGAUAUUCUACCAGCAGAGUACUACGAUGCAUCCACAUUGGUCUUCUUUGUGUGCAAGAGAUCCCAGUUGACAGGCCAAGCAUAUCUUCAGUGAUCCUCAUGUUAACCAGACGUAGAAUAGAACUCCAGGAACCCCGAGAACCGGCAUUCUUCUUCGGAGGGGACUUCAGUUCAGUUUCCCAACAAUACAGACAUCGAAACUACAUGUAUGACAAGAGCAGUGUGAUUGUUGAGGAUAGAUUUUCUGUAAAUGAUGUCACCAAUACUGAUCCCUGUCCUAGACGGGUCUCCGCAGCCGCAGUCAUGGCCACCUUGGGGCGGCGCCACCGCGUUUGGUUCCGCCUCGCCGCCGCGCUCCUCCUCGCGCCGCUGCUGGCGUCCGCCCAGUAUCCCUUCUGCGGGCAGAGCGGCAACUACUCGGCGAACAGCACCUACCAGUCCAACCUCGCCCAGCUCUCCGCCACCCUCCCCAAGAACGCCUCCGCCGCCCGGACCCUCUUCGCUAAGGACAGCCUCGGCGCCGUCCCGGACAUCGUCUACGCGCUCGCGCUCUGCCGCGGCGACACCGCCAACGGCUCCGCCUGCGAGUCCUGCGUCGGCAACGCCUUCCAGGAGGCGCAGCAGCUGUGCGCCUACGACAAGGAGGUGUUCAUCGUCUACGACUCCUGCUACAUCGGCUUCUCCAACAAGAACAUCCUCUCCGCCCCCGACAACGGGGAACCCAAGAUCCUGAUGAACACGCAGAACGUGAGCGCGGCGGCGGAGGUGUUCGACGCCGCCGUCGGCGUACUCCUCAACGCCACCGCCGACUACGCCGUGGGGAACUCGUCCAGGCUGUUCGCCACGGGGGAGGAGGCCUUCGAUAGCAGCGACCCCACCAUCUACGCGCUGUCCCAGUGCGCGCCGGACAUGACGCCGGACGACUGCCGGAGCUGCCUCCGAGGCAUAACCGCGAUGAUGCCGCAGUACCUCAGCCGGAAGAGGGGCGGAAGGGUUAUUGGGUUGCGCUGCAAUUUUAGGUACGAGACGGGUCCUUUCUUUUCCGGUGGCUCGAUGCUCCGCCUUCCGGCGCCGGGCACCGCGGCUCCGACCGCGCCGACAAACACGACGCCGCUGGCGACAGCCGGAGGAAGAAAGAAUAAAAGUGGCAUAGUUCUAGCCAUUGCACUGCCCCUGGUUGUUGUAUUACUGGGUACAGUUGCUAUUUGUCUGUGUUUUCAGUUGCAGAGAAGAAGAUCAAGGUCAAAACAUCAACCUUCUUAUUCAAUUCAAAUGGAGGAGGAUAUUGAAUGCUCAGAUUCACUUUUUAUCAAUCUGUCAACACUGCGUGCUGCAACAGCAAACUUUUCUGAGAGCAAUAAGCUUGGUGAAGGAGGAUUUGGAGCAGUUUAUAAGGGUUUCCUUCCUAGUGGUGAAGAGAUAGCUGUAAAGAGGCUCUCUAUGGGUUCAGGACAAGGAAUAGAAGAGCUAAAGAAUGAGCUUGUUUUGGUUGCCAAGCUUCAGCACAAGAAUCUUGUUAGGCUUGUUGGUGUUUGCUUGCAAGAACAUGAGAAGUUGCUUGUUUAUGAAUACAUGCCCAAUAGAAGUAUCGACACCAUUCUAUUUGAUAUUGACAAACGUGAGGAGUUAGACUGGGAAAAAAGAUUAAGGAUAAUAAAUGGAAUUGCUAGAGGAUUACAGUAUCUUCAUGAAGAUUCUCAACUGAAAAUAAUUCACCGCGACCUCAAAGCAAGCAAUGUUCUAUUAGACUCUGAUUAUACUCCUAAGAUUUCAGACUUUGGCAUGGCAAGGUUAUUUGGGAGUGAUCAAACAAGGGAGAUUACGAGCCGUAUUGUCGGAACAUAUGGAUAUAUGUCCCCAGAAUAUGCGAUGCGAGGGCACUAUUCUGUAAAGUCGGACGUCUUUAGCUUUGGCAUGUUGAUGAUAGAAAUUGUCACAGGAAGAAGAAGCAGUGGUUCAUACACCUUUGAUCAAUCAAACGAUCUCCUAAGUCUUGUAUGGGAGCACUGGACAAUGGGAACAAUUCUGGAGAUGAUGGAUCCAUCUCUUACAAGCCAUGCCCCUCGAGACCAGAUGCUGAAGUGCAUUCACAUCGGGCUACUGUGUGUUCAAGAUAAGCCAGCAGAUAGACCUAUGAUGUCAACGGUGAAUGUCAUGCUUAGCAGCAACACAGUGUCUCUCCAAUCUCCUUCCAAGCCAUCAUUUGUCGUUCCCAAGAGUGGUACAAACUCAAAUAUAUACUCUGAAUCAUACCCACUAACUUCCCAGUCGACCCACAGAUCGGGAGUGAUGUCAGUUAAUGAUGUGUCAGUUACAGAGCUUGAACCAAGAUGAAAUCAAAUUGCAAGGAUAGUCGGAUUGCUAUCUGUCAGAAGCAAACUUCAGGGAGAAGGCCCUAUGAGAAAUAUGUAUUACUGAGUUCUGAAUGCAUUUCUCCAUUGAUUCAGUCAUUAUAUUAUGUUUUGGUUUAUUUGUUAGUACAAGUCAUUAUUUGUGAAAGGGCUGCCGGCUGCCUGUUCAGUGUUCAUCAAGUGGCAAAUUUGAAUGCCUACCACUUUUCUUGUCCUUUCGAUGAGAUCUAACUAUUCUCAGCAU